CUCUCAUUCUCGCACUAUAUAUACACAAUGCGCGAACCAUACAAAAGCAAUUGAUACGAACAACAAUAAGAGGAGAAGAGAGGAGAGGGUGAGAGGUUGGGAUUCUUCUCAUCUUUGAGGAGGAUCGGUAGGAACUAGGAUAGCAUUCCUAAACCAAGAGAAGAAAUUAUUGUUUGAAUUUUGAAAGAAAAAUAAAAAGGAAUUGAAAAAAAGAAAGAAAGAUUUCUGGAUUCUAUUAAUGGGUAUGUAUGAGCCUAUUAAAGGAGGAGACGAUGAUUUUGAUACUAGAAAUAGCAGUUCGUCGAUGAUGAUCGACAACAAAGAUGUUGAAUCGGCGAUCCAGAUCUCUCAAUCUUCUUCUUCUUCUGUAUCGAAUACCAAUGCUGCUGCUAUUAUUGUUAAUCUGAACAAACAGAAACAGGUUCAAGAAAAAGAUCCGUUGGUGCUUUCAUCUUCCAACUCCAACAACCACCACCGUCACAAUCAACAACAACCACCACAACGGCAGCCGCGGCUUGUUUCGCUCGACGUCUUCCGGGGUCUCACUGUUGCGGUAAUGUCGUAUUUGAUUCAGCUUAUGAUACUAGUAGAUGAUCUGGGAGGACUUGUGCCAGCUAUUAAUCAUUCGCCAUGGAAUGGACUAACCCUUGCAGACUUUGUCAUGCCAUUUUUUCUAUUUAUUGUCGGUGUCGCUCUUGCACUUGCUUACAAGAAAUUGUCUUGCCGGAUUAGUGCAACUAAGAAAGCAACAUUGCAAGCUUUGAAGCUUCUUUUAGUAGGCCUUGUUCUUCAAGGAGGAUUUUUUCAUGGCAUAAACAAUCUAACUUAUGGAGUUGAUAUUCAGCAAAUGAGACUGAUGGGGGUGUUGCAGAGAAUUGCAAUAGCAUAUAUAGUGGCGGCGUUAUGUGAGAUUUGGCUGAAGGGCGAGGAUGACAUUGGUACAAAAUUGUUUGCGCUGACGAAGUACCGUUUUCAUUGGGUUGUGGUUUUGAUGCUUUCCGUUAUAUAUCUUUCAUUGUUAUACGGCUUGUAUGUUCCUGAUUGGGAAUAUCAGAUUUCAGCUGAGACCUCAUCUUCAGCACCGGAAAUCUUCUCCGUGAAGUGCGGAACAAGGGGUAACACUGGACCAGCUUGUAAUGCUGUUGGAAUGAUUGAUCGUAAAGUAUUGGGCAUUCAACAUCUAUAUUUGAAACCAGUCUACGCACGAACAAAGCAAUGCAGCAUUAAUUCCCCUGAUAAUGGCCCUCUGCCUCCUGAUGCUCCUUCAUGGUGUCAAGCCCCUUUUGAUCCCGAAGGACUCCUGAGUUCAGUGAUGGCCAUUAUCACUUGCUUCGUUGGUUUACACUAUGGCCACAUCAUCGUCCAUUUAAAGGAUCACUGGGAUAGAAUCGUCCACUGGACUAUCAUAUCAUCAUGUCUUGUAGUCGUAGGCUUUGGUUUGAGCUUCUUUGGGAUGCAUAUAAACAAGGCUCUUUACACAUUCAGCUACAUGUGUGUGACUGGCGGCGCUGCUGGCCUUCUUUUUACCGCAAUUUAUGUGAUGGUUGAUGUGUGUGGAUUUAGGCGUGUAAACAUGGUGUUCGAGUGGAUGGGAAAGCAUGCUCUGAUGAUUUAUGUCCUUGUAGCCUGCAAUGUACUCCCUAUAAUGCUACAUGGAUUCUAUUGGAAGCAGCCUCAGAACAACAUUCUUAGCUUAAUAGGAAUUGGAAAAUGAAAUAAUGGCAACAAAUUGUGUGGCUACUUCUGGAUUUGCAUUCUCAACAGCAACAAGACCAUAUCACGCCGACCUUCUGGAAAGCCGAUUUUUUUUCUCUGAUUAUUUUGGUCAGUGAAUGAAAAUGGAGCAUAGGGUGUGUAAAUUAUCUCGGCAUGCAUUUGGAGUUUCUAUCUUCUCAAUGAUGUAAACAUUUAAAUUUUCAAUAUCAGCGUAUUAUCUAUCAGAGUUUGACCGACUAAUUUUACAGUAAGGGAAAUUGAUUGCGACUCA